AGAACGAAUUGCGUAUGUGAACUAGAUUUCCACCAGAGUUAGACAAAUAACAUAGCGUGAACUUUAGUUGUUGUUCUGUGUUUAGCUUUGUUUAAAAUUUACUGAACAUUUCAAGUUUUAAUUGCAAUGUCGGUCAACAUGGGACAUGGCUUGCCGUUUUUGCCAGGAAACACCUUUCGAGAUGUUACGAAGUCCGCUUUCCAUCGCCCUCAAACGCUGUCCUAUAAGAACGGCUUUGCCCUUCCCCAUCGGCCUAAGGUCGGGAUCGGACAAACCCCUCUCAUAUCCAGUGAACUGACCCAGAAUGAAAUGAACCAGCUGGCCGGUCAGACGUCGGCUCUCACCUAUGGCACCGCAAAACGCAUCCCGGCGCUCGUCUUCGUCCCGGCUCACGUGGCUUUUGACAAGAAGGUGCUGCGAUUCUACGGCUACUUCAGGCAGGAGGUGCAGCACUCGCCCCAGGAGGAGUACCGUGUGCGCUCCGUGGUUAUCUCCUACUUCCUGGAGGAUGACUCCAUGACCAUUAUUGAGCCGCUGGUGGAGAACUCUGGCAUCCCGCAGGGCAAGCUGAUUAAACGCCAGCGGCUGCCCAAGAACGACCGGGGUGAUCAUUACCACUGGAAGGACCUCAAUGUGGGCAUGGACCUGGCGGUGUAUGGGGUCAUUUACCACAUCACGCACUGUGACAGCUACACACAGGACUUCAUGGAGAGCCAGGGUCUGAUUGUGAACGACCCUGAGCUGACCCCGGUCGACCCGUACAUCCAGCACCGUAGCCAGCCCGUACGUUCCUACAUCUCCCCCACUGACAUCGACCACCUCGAGAAGUUCCUGACCAAGGACCGCCAGGUGUUGCGUUUCUUUGCGCUGUGGAACGACACAGAGUCUCUGUAUGGGGAGACCAGGCCUGUGACCAUCCACUACUACCUGGUGGACGACUCGGUGGAGAUCCGGGAGGUCCACCAGCCCAACAGCGGACGGGACCCCUUCCCUGUCCUUCUGCGCAGGCAGAGGCUGCCCAAAGCCAUCAAACCAGCAUGUGAGCCCUUUCCCAGCUGUGUGCUGGAGGUUUCACCGCAGGACGUGCAGCAGUACUUCUCGCCCGCGGACCUCCGGGUGGGCGACACCGUGCAGCUGUUGGGCAGGCGCUUCCAGCUCUAUGACUGUGACGACUUCACCAAGACAUACUACCGGGAGAACCACCCCGAGCUGGAGCUAAGACCCAGGCCUGUGGUCCGGGAGAGCACAGAGCUGCAGGACAGACACAAGGAGGUCCCACCCUACAAUGGUUUUGGUUCUCUGGAGGACUCCCUUCAGAACUGCCUGUCUCUGAUUCCUGAGCCUCCUAAGAAGGACGUGGUGAAGAUGCUGGAGAACGACCACAGAGUGCUGCGCUAUGCAGCCAGGAUGGACUCCCAGAACCCUCAUGACGAGGGCCGCCGCUUCGUCCUCUCCUACUUCCUGUCCAAUGACAUGAUCAGCAUCUUUGAGAAAUCCACACGAAACUCCGGCAUCAUUGGUGGAAGGUUCCUGGAGAAGACGCGCAUCCCCAAGCCGGGCUCCACCACAGAGAAGCCCGAGUUCUACGGGCCGGGAGACUUUGCCAUUGGAGCCACCGUGGAGGUCUUCAGACACCGCUUUGUGCUGACCAACGCAGACCGCUACGUGCUCACCUACCUGGAGUCCAUCUCGGACCAGAUCCCCUCUCAAACACUGACCUCCCUGAGACAGAGUCUGGGGCUGGCAGACCAGGAGGUGACAACCCAGACGGACCAGGUGGAGAACACCCAGACAGACCCCCAGUCAGAUGACAAUGACAGAGCGGAACCUUCUUCUUGAUGACUGAAAUUCUAGUCUUACUCUUUUCCACCAACACCUUUAAUUCGUUGUUCCUCUACAGAACCUCCCGCAUUCUCUUUCCCUGAAACCACACCCCUGCCGUAGGUUUCUCAUGAUUAAUUAACGUGAUUCUGAAAACAGAAGGACAAUGUUUGCUGUCUGGAGGUGGACUGCCACCUACAGGACAGAAAAAAAAUAAACAUAUUUGACUU